AUGUCUAGCAGCAGUUCAAAGUCGGAAACGUGCCAAGCCUGGGUGGAUGGUGUUAAGGGCGAGUAUGGCUACAAGCCAUCACUAGCAGCAGGAAUUGUGCUCAGCGCAAUUUUUGGCCUCUCAAUGACAGUGCACAUCAUCCAAGCGUGCUGGAAGAGAGCAUGGUGGACGAAUCUGUUCGCAAUUGGGGCUUUAGGUUAG